AUGAUGAAGAGUGGUGUGUGCCUGAUGGUGCUUCUGCUUUUGGCCGUGGUAGUUGCCGAAGCAAGGAAUUAUAAUGUGAUCAGCCAUGGGAUCAGAUUGGGCGCAGCAGAGACCGUCCCAGCGCUGGUCAAAGAAGAUAUUGCUAGAAAACUCAUGGAGAAACAUGAUGGAGAAAGAGUGCGACUGAAAGAUUCAGAUAAUCAGGAAAAACGAACGGUUCCGUCUGGGCCAGACCCAAAGCAUCACUCUUCUUCAAUGGUGGAAACAACAGCCAAUACUUCCAACGCAGAGGCUUCAUCUUCUUUGCAAGAUUCAUAUAAUAUUGGUGGUCCUUUGUUCUUGCAUCCUAGCGAAAAUCCUGGAGUAGUUCUUACUUCUCAACCAUUGAUUGGGGAAGAAAAUUAUCCUGGCUGGGCAAGAUCAGUAAAGAAAUCUCUAAUUUCCAAAAACAAGUUAGGAUUUAUUGAUGGAUCAUUAACCAUUUCUUCACCAUUGGUGAAUUCUCCAAAUGCUAUUCAAGCAUGGGUUUGUGCUGAUAAUAUGGUAAGUACAUGGAUCAUUAAUUCUGUUUCACCAAAGCUUCAAGGUAGUAUUAUAUAUAGAGAUACUGCUUUAGAAAUCUGGAUUGAUCUUCGAGACACUUUCAGUCAAGGAAAUGGGACCAAGAUCUUCAAUAUUCAGAAGCAGAUUGCUGAGAUUCAUCAGGGAGAGAUGUCACUCACUGAAUAUUUCACUCAACUCAAGAUUUUGUGGGAUCAAUUGUAG